AAAAGCGAAGGGCAAUGUUGGAAAUGCGCAGAGUUUGAUAGGGUGGGGUAAUAGGAUAAAGUUAUGGGCAGCCUAGCCAUACCCUUUUGCUCUUCCUCCCUCUCUUCCACGCUCUGCUGCUCUAGGGUUUUAUUCUUCCCAAGAUGAAUGUAGAAAAGCUACGUAAGAUGGCCGGUUCGGUCAGGACCGGUGGUAAGGGAACCAUGCGAAGAAAGAAGAAGGCUGUUCACAAGACAACUACAGCAGAUGACAAGAGACUCCAAAGCACUCUGAAAAGAAUUGGGGUGAAUGCUAUUCCUGCUAUCGAAGAGGUUAACAUUUUCAAGGAGGAUGUAGUUAUCCAAUUUAUUAACCCCAAAGUUCAAGCCUCUAUUGCUGCAAACACUUGGGUUGUUAGUGGUUCCCCUCAGACAAAGAAGUUGCAGGAUAUUCUUCCUCAAAUUAUUCACCAGUUGGGCCCUGAUAAUUUGGAGAAUUUGAAAAAGCUAGCGGAGCAGUUCCAGAAGCAAGCACCUGGCACCGGGGCGCCUGAAGGUGCUGCUGCAGCACAGGAUGAUGAUGAUGAUGAGGUGCCGGAACUUGUGGCUGGUCAAACCUUUGAAGCAGCCGCUGCUGAGGAGGGUCACACUUAAAAAAAAAUUAAAUUUUGCAUCAACCCUCCAACUCAACGUUUUGAAUCUUUUUAAUUUAGUUGAGUGUUCUAUUUUGAUUUUGAUUGUGACAACUCUGAAGUUCAUCAAAAUGGUUUUGUGCUAGUAAGCUACUUUGGCCUUCUAAGAGUUGAAUCUUUGGAUUA